CCCGUCUCGCAUUCGUUAGCUUUUAAGGAUUAUGCGCUGUUGUAAAUAAGCAAGUCACGAAUCACGAUAUCUUCGCCUGACCUAGCCAGAAUCAGGAGCGGUUACAUCAAAGAGUCCAGCAGCAGCCCAUGUCCUUCGUUGACAAACUUGAGAAAGUAUAAAAAUUUGUGAACUCCUUUCUUUGGGUAUUCAAUCUCGAGUCACUCACACUUGUUGUUGAAGUUUGACUGGAUAAAUUUCUCCCGCUCUUUGGGGUCUCUUGUUGCAUUUGACCAAGCGUCUUGUUUGUUUCACAUAUCCUUUACCAAUAAUUGCAUUUCGUCUUCGAAGGCGUCGAUGAUGGAGAGUCCUCAACAGUCAGACGCAAGCUCUCCUACGGAACCUUGUUCUCCGACAUGCGUAGAUACACCGGCAACGCAGUUCUCCGUCUUGUUUGAUGGGAGCCUGGAUGAGCUACUGCGUAACUUCCCUCUUCGACAGUACAUCCUGGUGACUGGAGGCCUCGGGUUUAUUGGAAGUCACACAACGUUAGAGCUGCUCAAGGCCAGUUAUAACGUAAUCGUGAUCGACAAUCUCAGCAACUCGUUCCAUAGCGUUUUCAACCGCAUCAAACUGCUGGCGCUGAAGCACCACGAAGAGCAGGGAUCACAAAUGCCGGCCUUACAUUUGCAUGCUCACGACUACCGGGAUACGAGUGCCUUGCAAAGCCUUCUCGAACAGUACCAGAUCCAGUCCAGAUGGGGCUCCCCAAAGUCUAAGAUUGCUGGGGUCAUUCACUUUGCCGCCUAUAAGGCAGUUGAAGAAAGUAUCCGAAAUCCUUUGAAAUACUAUGCCAACAACGUGAGUGGUCUUAUCGAUUUUGCCACAACCUUGGGGCAUUUUGGUAUUAAAACGUUCAUAUUUUCUUCAUCCGCCACCGUGUAUGGUACUUUGGCGACUUCUGGUCUCCCACUGAAGGAGGAGCUCUGCGUCCAUAAGGAGGAAAUUUUCCACGGCUCAGACGGGAUUGGUAGAACUGUCUUGCCCGGGUGCACGGGAAUUACAAACCCAUAUGGACGAACAAAAUGGAUUUGCGAAGCCAUUCUUGCGGAUCUAGCAGCCUCGGAUCCUGAAUGGACUAUUGUGGCUCUCCGUUAUUUUAACCCAAUCGGCUGCGACGAAUCCGGUCUACUGGGAGAGGAUCCAAGACAAACACCAACGAAUCUUCUCCCCGUGGUGGUCAAGGUUAUGACGGGAGAAUACAAGGAGCUCCAAAUGUUUGGGACGGAUUGGGAUACAGAGGAUGGUACUGCUGUCCGCGAUUUUAUCCACGUCACCGACCUGGCUCGAGGCCACAUUGCAGCCCUCGACGCAGCCAAUGAAGGGAAGCUGAUUGAGAACUUCCGCACCUUCAAUUUAGGCACCGGAAAAGGCCACUCAGUAAUGGAGGUGGUUGACACUAUGGAAAACGUGUCUUGCAAACAAAUUCCAACUAGGGCUGCUCCUAGGCGCCCGGGUGAUGUUGGUUCCUGUGUGGCAGUUGCCACCAGAUCUGAACAAGAGCUUCGCUGGAAAACAGAGAAGACCUUGGAGGAUGCAUGUGACAGUCUGUGUAAUUUCUUGAAUAUCAGCGGUCUGUCAACUUAAUGUUGCUAUGUUUCAGUCUGUUUCCUUCCUGAUAUGUGGCGUUUGGUGUUCUGGUUCACCCCUUCCCAACACUCUGGCUUCGCUCUCUUGAUUUGAUGUUUUUCAAGACCCCAUUUUCUUUUGUCUUAUUCAUUUGCAUGAUAGAAAGAUUGUUUGAGACGCAUGUCACAACGCACAGCCUCUGUCAGACACCAGUGUAGUAUAUCCUGAUAUAUUUGGCUUUGUGAGGAUGGGGUAAUGAUUUGACGGGCUAGUGUCAGAGUGCACCGCGUUGGUAUCUCUCAUAAUGAUUAAUAUAAUAAAAAAAGCUUUCUUCACAUCAUC